AUGAAGGUCUACCAUCUCUUGCUGGCCGGAGUCUCUGUUGCAUCCGCCAUUGUAGUACCCAAUGAACAGGUCCUUGGCGAUCCUGCCAUUGACAGUGACGAGGAUGCCUCUUCCUCCGUUAACCUUCUUUCCCUGUUUGAAGACGGCAUCAGGAAGGCAAUAAAUGACAAUUGGAACACCAUAUAUGAUGCUCUAUCCUCGGGGGUUGAGUCGGAUGCUGCGAGUUCCGACCUCCGCGAGGUCUACACAAGUACCUUUGACGAUGCUGAUGAUAGAUGGGUUAUUGAUGACUUCGAGUUCGAUAUUGAAGAUAAUAUCUCUGAUGAUGGGCAUGGAAAACGUCCACAUCGGUCUCCUCAUCCUUCUCCGCCGCGUCACGGCCCCUCGAAUCUGACCAUCUACCAGCUCAUUGAACGCAGCAAGCAUACAACUAAGCUAGCUAAACUCGUCGACGAGGACGAAGCACUGGUUGAGCUGCUCAACAGCACUGAUGCUAAUUACACCGUCUUCGCGCCUACGGAUUAUGCGUUCUCCAAGAUCCCCAGACAUGCACCGAAGCCCUCAAAGGAGCUUAUCCGGCACGUGUUACUUUACCACGUAGCUCCUGGUCUCUACCCUACUGCGCGUAUUUUCCACAGUCACACUCUGCCGACGCUCUUCAAUGAGUCGUCCCUGGGAAAAGACCUGCCUCAGAGAGUGGUCGUUCGUGCCGGUCUUCGAGGAUUGAAAGUGAAUUUCCACAGCCGGAUUGUAGCCUCUAAUAUUCCAGCAGUAAAUGGCAUAGUCCACGGCGUAGACACCAUUCUCCUCCCACCCCCUCGAACCUCAACCAUCCUCAACCUCCUCCCUACCGAAUUCAGCACAUUCACACUAGGCCUCACAAAGACGGACCUCCUCCCCCUCCCCGGUCACAAGGGCGGAACAAUAUUCGCUCCCUUAAACUCAGCCUUCAGGAAGCUAGGUCCCCGCGUAAACGCCUUCCUAUUCUCAGAACAUGGCAAGAAGUACCUCCGCGCCCUCCUGAAGUAUCAUCUCUCGCAGAACCAGACCCUUUACUCAGACGUCCUGUACAUGGAAGAUGGCAAGACCAAACCAUUCGGACCCCGCGACUUCGCGCAUAUCGAUCUCCCAACGCUCCUACAGCCGCGCCAUCUAGCUAUCGAUAUCGCUCGAUUCGGUCCCUGGGCUGGCAUCAGGAUCAAUGGUUUCCAACACGUGACGUUUGAGGACGGCAUUGCUUCUGACGGGGUCCUGCAGGUUGUUCGGCGCGUGCUGAUUCCACCGAAACAGGAUGCCCAUGUGGAUGUGGGUGAAGGUGACUGGGUUGACGAUGUGGAAGGGGAAUUGAGCGUUGAGGACUUGGUGGAGCGGCUGGAUCUGAGUCGUUUGGUUGAUGAUUAA